AUGGAAGAGAGGGCGAAUGACAGGCCGAUUUUCGAGGGACGAGCACAAAGUAGAGAGAUCCUGGAGUUGACCAGAUGAUUGGCGGUCAAAGCAUGGCGGGAUUGAGAGCACUGCCCUGAUGAAGGGAUGGUCAUGGCUCGACUUGAUCGCUUCUUUGCGUGACUGCGACUUUGGAAGCGAUGUGGUCACGAACGAAGGAUUCAGGCUGCAGCAGUCAGGAAAGAUCUUGGAUGAGCUAAAAGAUAGAUGGUGCCAGGUGGAUGAAGUUAUGAAUAGAUGGCAUCAGAAGCAUAUUUAUAGAGUUUCCAACGGGCAAAAAGGAGUUCGCGGAUUUGUUGACGAUGAGGCAGUCGUUCCCACUCUUGCGGGCUGCUGUGGAGUAAGCUGCAACUUAGACGGCGCAUACGAAAUAAACACAGGCACCAAUCUCCCUUCCUCAUAUCCUUUUCGCAUCAUACAGAAGUGCCAUCUGCACUGUUGUUUCAACUCGUCGCUCCUACCCGACCAGUCCUGCCUGCGCGCCGCAUCGCUCCAAUUCUCGGUCGUCGCCCACCUCUCAAUCCUACCGCCGUCUCUCUUUCGCAACCAUCAUCUUAGCAGUAUUCCCACAACAAGCACGCCAGCGCAUACCCAUUUUUCGCUCUUCGCAUUCGAUUCCUACCGCUAGCUCAGACGUCAAUAUUUCAAUCCUCGACAUCUUCUUGAACGGCGCAGGGGGCGCGCCAGGCCUACGACUGGCAUGGGCAACGUGGGAAGCCGACCAGACGAUGGCGCUCCCGUCUAUCUCAGGGACCAGACGAGAUGUGCAUACUCCCGAUAUCCCAUGCCAUAUCACUCUCGCUAAUCCUUUUCACCGCCAACAGUCUCGAUCGCAAACGUAAACAUCACAAACUCGCGCGGCCGUACUCUUGUCUCGCUCAGUCCCAACUCUUUUCCUGCUACGCGCUACCAAGCAAAACGCGAGGCUGGUGACAACA